CCCGCCACCCACGUCACACCUCACUUGGACGGCCUCUCGCGCGCACACGCCCACACACACACUCCAGCCACUCCUCCUUUACUGCCACGCAUUUCCCUGAGCGCCGGCAGCGGGUCCCAUCAGGUCGCUCGUACCUUCAUUCGGCGGUGACACAUGGGGAUCCUCCGCGGUAGGAGCAUUAAACAAAAACACAUGAUGUCAUCGAAGCCACAGCCGGAGAAGCAGGCGCCUGGCGACGUUGCACCUCCCAACUCUCCUGUCAACAACCCGGGCCUUGUCCUGGACGGAGGUGGCACCGAAGAGGACUUUGACGACAGAACGGGUGGCAGCAAGAGCCGCCGGCAAUCGAGCCGGGAGCGACAACGACGGCCUCAUCGCGGCUUGUCGAGGGGCGUGAGCGCGGCGAUGCUCAAGCAGGGGACGGAUGAGCCCGAUCCAGGCAUGUUUGAUCGCGGCCCUCAAACCCCGGAUUUCCAGCAGGGCUUCUCGCAGGAUGAGUCGCAGUCGGCGGGCGAGGUCGCGGUUCCCUCGGGGGCCCCGCGGAUUCAUGAGUGGCACGUCGAGCGCAAGGAAGCGGUGGCCGAGGCGUGCGACUCCCUCGGCAUCGGUAGCGGCAAGAGCGAGUUCUUCGAGAUGCCGCGGGUGGUCGGGAUGUCCGGGCCCGGCGGCUCCGGCAAGUCCACGUUGGCCUCGAUGGUCAUCGCGCGACAGGACGUCCGCGAGUACUUCUACAAGGGCGUCCUGUGGCUCCCGGUAGGGGAGGGGGCCAAGCACUGCCUGCCCGAACUGAUGCUCCACCUCGCCCGGAUGGUGUACGAGACGGUGCUGCGGAAGGCCUGCCGCCCGCCCCGGUUGGCCGGGGUCGGCGUGGACCCGGAGGACGGCGCCGGCUACAUCCACGAGGUCGUGAACGAGAGCAACCACCGGUUCCUCGUCGUGGCCGAUGACAUCCGCGAGCCCGAGGUGCUGGAGGAGCUCAAGUGGGCCGGCGUCUGGGUGCUCUACACCUCCCGCCGAGACGACCUGCUUACGGGGGCCCCGCUACUUAGACUGGACGCCGUCACGAAGGAGGAGGGGGGUAUGGUGCUGAGGCGGGCGGCGGGCCUAGGCGACGACGCGACCCUCCCGCCAGCGGCGCACGAGCUCAUGCAGCGCUGCGAGUACGGCGCGAUGCAGCUGGCUUUCGCCGGUAGGUGGGGCGUGGUCCGCGGCAAGAGCGACGAGGAGGCCUGGCGGGCGGCCCUGGGACACAUCGCGGAGGCCCAGAAACGGGGCGGGAACGGUCGGUUACUGGCCUGGCGCGACGCCAUGCUGCGCAUCGGCCCGGACGAGCUCGAGGCUGACUCCCUGCACACGAAAGAGCUGUACCUGUCCCUGGCGAUACUGCCCAAGGGACUAGCCUUUCGAUCCAAGGUGGCCGCGGUGUUGCUCUACGGCGACGAGUGCUCGGCGGACGAGCUGGAGGCCGCGGGGAAGGCGCUGGAGACGCUCGAGCGCUUGUCGAUCCUCACGCUGGAGGUCAGCGGCAAGUACCGCGUCCACGAGGUCCACGCGGACUUCGUCCGCGAGUGCGAAGUGGCCAACAAUGAGGAACGCGAGAUGGCGCUGGCGCGGUGGCGAGGGUACGCCUCCGACCUGAGGGCCCUCAGCACGUACUCGAGCGCAUGGCUGGUGAAGAUCUGGGACGUGAUCGCGCAGUUGGAAGGGACGGGGCCCGUGGCCAGCCCGUACGACGCGGCGUUGGACAGGGUAGACCCGUCGAGCCCCAAGCUCGCCAAGGCCCUGAAACGAGCCGCCCGGUUCCACUGGCGGCGGGAGGACAGGCUGGAGGCCUACACCAAGCAGUACCAGCUGAGGCUGAUCGAGGAGACCGCGGCGGAGGGGCCCAGCAGCCUGGCGGUCGCGAAAACCCUUCACAUCCUCGGCAUGUGCGUCUACAAGGCGGGCCGCAAGGAGGAAGCCGAAGACAACUACCAGAGAGCGCUGACGAUUUUCAGGGAGAGGCUGGGCCCCGACCACCUCGAGGUGGCCCACACCAUGUACGAGCUCGGGCGCUGCUUCUACACUGCCGGCCGCACGAAGGAGGCAGAGAAGUACCUCCGGCAAGCCCUGGCCAUAGAGGAAGAAAAGCUAGGCCUCCACCAUCUGGACGUUGCGAGCACCCGUUACCACCUCGGCGUGUGCCUCUACAGGGCCGGGAAGAUGGAGAUGGCCGAGGAGACUCUGCGACCGGCGCUGGCCAUCUGGGAGGGUCACCCCUCAGGCGACAGCCUGAACGUCGCCCACGCCCUGCACUCGCUCGGGCUGUGCGCCCUCAAGACGGGGCGGACGAAGGAGGCCGAGGGGCUGCUCAGGCAGUCUCUUGGCAUCCGGGAAGACCUGGACCCGAACCACGCCGACGUUGCGAGCACGCUGCACUACCUGGGGGCUUGCGCUUCCGACGACCGGCGGACGGGAGACGCGGAGAAGCUGCUCCGCCGCGCGCUCGCCAUCAGGGAGGAGAAGCUCGCGCCCAACCACCCGGACGUGGGGCGCACCCUGCACCGCCUCGGGGUGUGCGUCCACGAGGAGGCCGGUCCGACGAAGGAAGGGGAGGAGCUGCUCCGACGAGCGCUCUCGAUCAAGGAGGAGCAGCUGGGCACCCACCACCCCAGCGCGGCCAAGACGAGGAAAGCCUUGAAGGCUUACGCGCCCCCGCCGAGCCUUGCCGAGAGGUUGACGGUGCCCCUGCUUGUUGCGGGUGGCCUGCUGGGCGCGACUCUGCUGUUGUUGCGAAGUAGGCGAACUGGCCGGUCGUAAGACCUGCACUAGUAUCUCUGUGUUCGGUGUUGAGUUUUGACUGCCGCUUGCCUGCGCCAUUUGGGAACAAGUGCAGAGAGGAUCUCGCGCGAUGUUGUUGUGUUGUCGAAGCCUGCCGGACGAAAACAUGUCGUACGAGAAAAAUACCGCCAUACGCCAAACAAGGAUCUUGGGGCGUGCCUGCUUUGUUUUGGAAUUUUCGAAAUUCUGCCGCAGUUUUAUUUUACCAAUCAGCGAACUGCGUGCCACAAAUAGUUUUUUCACCGUUUACUACCUUCUUCCGCGUUGGGGUGGGCAGCAGGAGGAUAUAUUCCGUGGAUGAGCUUGACUGCUGUAUCCUUUUUAUGGAGAUGGGCCAGUGAAAUAAUGUAUACCGGGACGCUACUACAACAUGAAAACUUGGGUUGUUGCAGGAGAAUUUGCAAGGUUGUGUGUUCGGGAGUGCUGUAGUUCAGGAUAUGUAGGGGGUUGUCAAAUGCCAGAUAUUAAGGGAAGGGGAGAGCAACAUGCAUUCAUGUCUCGUAUAGUCUAGAGAGAGAGCAAGUCUGACGCUCUUCAAUAAUAAAAUGUGUUUGAGUAGGAAGUAGAACGGAAAGUAAGGCCCUCCCGAAGAGGUAUCAUUCGUGUGGGAGCUUUGGAGUAGAUCUACGGGGAAAAAGUGGGUGUAUUUUUGUGUUGGGAAGAAGUCCCCACGUCGACUUGAACAUUGAAGUGGAAAGCAAGUAUGAGACCAGCAGGAGACUAGUGUGGUGAACCCGCGGUGCAAUAUGAAUGAAUGAACAAUGCAGUGGUCCUUGACGGAUAGGCCGGCAGGGAGGCUUAUUUCAACAAUUUAUCUGCAGAAGUUCAGGUAGUCAGUCUGCAGACGAUCUUCACCUCCGCCCAAAGAAAAGAGUGUGGUGUGCGGGUAGAAGCAUGAAGAUGGGACCCGUGCCCCUGUUGAAAAGACGAUGACCGACCGCACUCAACUACCAGACU